AGCCUCGUCCUCUCAUGGAGACAAAUCAUUCUCUUUGCAUUUUAUUCAUGGCUUUCUUUGUUCAGUUUCUUGUAUUUUCCUUUGUUGGUGCAAAACAAACCAACAUUAUCACAGACCAACAAGCUCUUCUUGCACUCAAAGCUCAUAUAACCCAUGACCCUAGCAAUUUAUUGGCCACCAAUUGGUCCACAACUACCUCUGUUUGUAACUGGAUUGGAAUCCGUUGUGGUGCCCGUCACCAUAGAGUCACAAUUCUUGAUAUUUCUUCCUUUAAUCUUACAGGCAUCAUUCCUCCUCAACUGGGAAAUCUUUCUUUCCUCACAAUUCUAGGCUUCCAAAAUAACAGCUUUUAUGGCUCUCUCCCGGAUGAGUUAGCUCAAUUACGUCGUCUUAAAUACCUUGAUUUUAGUUACAAUAACUUCAAUUUACAGAUCCCGUUAUGGCUGGCCUCCUUAACCAAACUUCAAUUUUUGGGUUUGAAUGAAAUCAAAUUCUCAGGGACUAUCCCUCAGUCCCUUGGCAACUUGUCUUCGUUACAACAACUUCAUCUUGAUUAUAAUCAGCUUUCAGGUUCCAUUCCCACCUCCAUCUUCAACAUAUCUUCACUGCAGUUACUUAGUUUAUAUCAUAACCAACUCUCUGGUUCCUUCCCUUCCAUUUUUUUCAACAUGCCUUCGUUAUUAUAUAUUGACGCGGGUGAUAAUGGAUUAUCCGGUGGACUCCCUGAAGCUACUUUUGAUUAUCUUCCUUGUUUGGAAACGCUUGCUUUGGAUGGAAACAUGUUCAGCAGCGAAAUACCAUCCACUUUAUCAAAAUGCAGAGGCUUGCAAUCCUUAUCUUUGUCGUACAAUUAUUUCACAGGAGCCAUACCAAAAGAAAUUGGACAAUUGACGCAGCUUAAGGAGAUACGUAUUGGACACAGUAGACUCCAAGGAGAAAUUCCAGGAGAAUUGGGCAAUUGUACACGACUGGAGUUAUUAACUUUUCAGAAUAAUCAGCUCACUGGAUCGAUACCAAAAGAUAUUGGAAACUUGAUUCAACUUACAAAUAUGCAUCUUGACGACAAUAAUCUCCAAGGAGCCAUACCAAAAGAAAUGGUAACUUGACUCGACUUGAGGAAUUAUAUCUUCCGAACAAUAAACUCCAAGGUGAGAUACCAAGUGAAGUUGGUAAUCUUCAUAAUCUACAGUUUUUGGUCCUUGAUUUUAACAACUUAGUUGGUUUGGUCCCAACAACUGUCUUCAAUAUCUCAACGAUGAUACAACUUGGACUUCCCGGAAAUAAACUCAGAGGAAUGAUUCUUCCAUCAAACAUUGAACUUCCAAAUCUUGAGGGUCUUUACUUGGAUUUAAAUGAUUUUAGUGGGACAUUUCCCAACUUUAUCACCAACUUAUCCAGGCUCUCCAUCUAGAUAUUUCAGCCAACUCAUUCUCAGGUUUUAUUCCUAUUACAAUUGGCAUUUUAAGAAAUCUUGAGUGGCUUGUUUUGUCGGAUAAUUUCUUGACAUCUUCUACACAAAUUUGAGCUUU